AUGGUGCUGGCGUGGGGCGCGAUUGCGGUGACGUGUGCGUUCACGCAGGCUGUGUGGGGGUUCCAGGGUGGUGGUAGUGCCAUGCCUUCUCCGGGUCAAAAUUGGCGGCGCUUGGGUUGCUUGCAUUAUGGGGAUGGCGACGACAUGGGGCUCAUGCUCGGGUGGGCCAGCUUUGGGCUCGAGACAGUGGGGCGAAAGCUUGUUUUGAGAGGGAUGUGGGAGGGGGCGGAGCAAUCGGGCCUGGGUAUGGGGAGGAGAUGUACAAAUGGGGGAGAAACAGACCUGCGUCACCGCCUCCUUCCUGGUCACUGGGGGCUCAAAGGGGCGGCCGGGACAUUGAUUGCAUUGAACAAUGGGUGUGGCCAUGAAGACUUCACUGCAUCAAACAUCUCCUGA